AUGUAUGUGUGUGACUUGAGUGAAAUUUUAUGGGAAUUCAGGGAAGCCAUUUAUGGGGGUCUGAAUUUGAGGGCGAAAUUGGAGGCUGCAGAAGGAGUUCUUGAAUCAAAGUGCAAACCAGUUGUUGCUGAAUUGCGGCGUGUGGAGGGUCGAGGAUUCUGGUGUAAGCCAGCUUGGCGUUGGGAUGGAUAUCAAACUGGGUUAGAGGGAGUGUUCUACAUUGUUGGAGAGCAGGCCCGUCUUGUUUUGGUCAUUGGACACUUGUCUAUAUUUGCUUUCAGAGGUACUGUCAAGAUUAAUGACAAUCAGGAUCCGACUCUGCCGCUUCUCCCACUGCUUCUCCUUCUUCACACUCUCUCUCUCUCUCUUCCAACUUCUUAUUUCUUCAUCACUUCUCCUUCUCUCUAUCUCAACUCUCAACUCAUGGAAACGGAAGAUCACCAUCAUCAUCACCAUCACCACCACCACCACCAUCAGCAACAACAGCAUCAGUAUGCCAUGAACAUGAACGAUCUAAGACAAGUCGUUAAUGGGCCGAGGCCGGUCCAUAAUUUCCCCUCCAUGCCAUCGCACCCCACGGCCGAGCUCUUCCCCGGCCACCGGAAUCUGACAACCUUUCAACCACCCACUUCCCAGCAUCACCAACAACACUACGAGGUCAUGAUGUUCGGUCGUGACAUAAUGCCACGUGGCCUUCACGACUUUGCCUCCGCCACUGAUUCUGCUGCUGCAAGCAUCACUAUACCCACUCCUGUUACUGCAGCCGCCGCCACUGCUUCAACGCCUCCCCUUAGUGGCUUUGAGGUCGAGGGUGCAGGUUGCAUCGGUGGAGAUGCCUCCACUGGAAGAUGGCCCAGACAAGAGACUCUCACUCUUCUUGAGAUCAGAUCUCGUUUGGACCCUAAAUUCAAAGAGGCUAAUCAGAAGGGACCCUUAUGGGAUGAAGUUUCUAGGAUCAUGUUUGAAGAACAUGGAUACCAAAGGAGUGGAAAAAAGUGCAGAGAGAAGUUUGAGAAUCUAUACAAAUAUUACAAGAAGACAAAAGAAGGUAAGGCAGGAAGACAUGAUGGGAAGCAUUACAGAUUCUUUCGUCAACUUGAAGCCUUAUAUGGAGAAAACAGUAACACAGUUUCAGUCCCAGAAACCAAUGUUGUUAGCAGCAUCCAUUUUCAAACAAGUGGCCAUGCCCCCGCCCCAACAAAUCAAGAAAUGUUUCAGUCUCACAAUAAGCAUUGUGAUAGCCUCAGCCUCACUAACUCCACUGACUUUGACACAUCAUCAUCUGAUAAUGAUGGAAAUAAUCAUACAAUGGAGAAUGAAUCCAUGGAGAAGAGGAGAAAGAGGAAGAGUGGGAGGAGCUGGAAGGUGAAGAUAAAAAACUUCAUUGACUCACAGAUGAGGAAGCUCGUUGAGAAGCAAAAGGAGUGGUUGGAUAAGCUGGUGAAGACACUGGAAGAGAAGGAAAGGGAGAGGGUGUUGAGAGAGGAAGAGUGGAGGAAACAAGAGGCAAGCAGGUUAGAGAGGGAGCAAAAGUUUUGGGCUAAAGAGAGGGCAUGGAUUGAAGCCAGAGAUGCUGCUCUAAUGGAGGCUUUGCAAAAACUAACAGCAAGAGAAAUAAUGAAGAUUGAACCUCAUGAGGGUGUAAAUGUAAUAGCAACUGGAGUUCAAAACCACAGUGAAAACCAGAAUAAUGAAGAUGGAAGUGAAAUCUUAAACUGCGGUACUGUCAUCAGAGGUGCUGAUAGCUGGCCAGAAUCUGAGAUUACAAGGCUUCAACAGUUGAGAGCUGAGAUGGAAACAAGGUUUCCACAAAGUGAGUGUUCAGAAGAGGUUACAUGGGAAGAAGUAGCAACCAAAAUGGCUUGUUUUGGUUACCAAAGGAGUGCUUUGAUGUGCAGAGAGAAAUGGGAAAGUAUCAGCAACUAUCCAAGAGAUGAUGGUAAAGAAGGGAACAAGAAGCGCAGGGAAAACUCAAGAAGUUGUUUUUACUUCAAGAACAAUGAUGAUCAUCAACCUUCCCUAUACAACCAAGGAAGUACCUAUUGUGAUGAUAUCAACGAUCAAAGGCAGGAGAUUGAGAGGCUACAAACAAAUGAUGGUUGUUCACCUUCAAAUUCCAAUGUUGGAAAUGUUGCUCCAGCUGAUAGCUGCUUUCCCUUCUUGAUGAGUACUGAGGGAGGAAAUCUGUGGGAGAACUAUGGCUUAAAGCUCAAUAAAGCAAACCAAAACCAUUAAUUGAGUGUAAGAUGCUUAAUUAUUCGUAUAAGCAAAGAAAUUUGACAGUCUAGUAUCUGAGACGGUCUCACGUUAUGUAAGCAAGAGCUAAC